UAAUUUUCUGGCUGCGGCCGGAUCACAGAGGGGUGUGCGCCCGGGUCCCAAUGCACCUGCCAGAGCCGGGAGCUUGCAGAAGGGCGCGCGGGCCUGGUCUUCAGUGGUCGGAGGUCUCCUGGAGCCCUCAGCAUCCCUUCUUUCUCACUCAUACACCCCAGCUUCACGCGUUAGGCGUCCCCCCAGCAGACGGUAGAUCACUGCCUUGUCUGCAGAAACCGCUGAACAAUCCUUUCUCUCUGAGCCCAACUUGUACUGUGGAUACUCUCCCUACCCCCCGGCACUGAAUGGAGGGAAUGUAUGGCUGCACAAUGGUGCUAGACACACCUGAAGCUCAUUUGCAUACAGUACCUACAGUUGAUCCAUCCACAUACAUCUCCCAUCAAGAGGCAGAAGAUAUGCCGUCAAGUCCUAGAAGGAUUCUACCACUUUCUUCUCCACCCUGAAGAGACUUGGAAAUUAAUGGGUAACAUUUUGCUUGAAAAUUACUGAAUGCUUUUCCUUCUUAUCUCGGAGGCCUUCUGCGGAGAAUUAAUAGGAGGUUGAAUGCGCUCAUGGAUAAAAUGGAUCAUCUUAAAGGAUUGAAGUUCCAAAAAUAUAUCAGCAGGACUGGACAGGUUUGACAUAAUGAGAUUUCUAUUUUAGCUUGACUUCUGGAACACUGAAUAAACUAUAAACUGAGCUGCACAGGUCCUGGGAAGGAAGUUUCUCUUCCAAAAUAUUCUAGCUGUGUGUAACAUUUUUCUUACUCAGAACCUUUGAAAAUAUAUUUACUUAACAAUUUUUAGAAAUUUAAAGAAACAGCCACCAGAAAGACGAGCAAUCUCUACAUAAGCACUGGUGGAGAUGGCAGAAGCUUCCGAGGAUGCCUCAGCUCUGCCUGUAACAGUGAAGAAAAAGAAAAGUUUAUCCAUUGAAGAAAAGAUCGACAUCAUAAAUGCAGUAGAAAGCGGCAAGAAAAAGGCAGAAAUUGCAGCUGAAUAUGGAAUAAAGAAAAAUUCAUUGUCUUCUAUUAUGAAGAAUAAAGACAAAGUUCUAGAAGCCUUUGAAUCUCUGAGAUUUGAUCCAAAGAGAAAAAGACUGAGAACUGCUUUUUACACAGAUCUGGAAGAAGCAUUAAUGAGGUGGUAUCGAAUUGCUCAGUGUCUAAAUGUACCAGUUAAUGGUCCAAUGUUGCGUCUAAAAGCUAACGAUUUUGCCCAGAAACUGGGACAUAAUGAUUUUAAGUGCAGUAAUGGUUGGCUGGAUCGCUUUAAAUCCAGGUAUGGUUUAGUAUUCAGAGCUCAACCUGUAGAAGCUACAGGUGUAUCAGUAGACCCUUCAACUGUCUGGCACCAAAAUGUACUUCCUUAUUAUUUAAAUGAUUAUCAUCCUAAAAAUGUUUUUAAUAUAAAAGAGACUGGGCUGCUGUAUCGAAUGCUACCUACAAAUACGUUUGCAUUUAAAGGAGAAACAUGCUCAAUCGGAAAGUUAUGCAAAGACAGAAUAACUCUGGUGGUUGGGGCAAACAUGGAUGGCUCAGAGAAACUUCCUUUGCUUAUCAUUGGAAAAAACAGAAAUCCACAUUGUUUCAAAGGUAUAAAAUCAUUGCCUGUGUGUUAUGAAGCUAACAGAAUGGCAUGGAUGACCUCAGUUGUAUUUGAACAAUGGAUGCGGAAGCUCGAUGAGAAAUUUCAAGUCCAGCAACGAAGAGUGGUGAUUUUUGUUGAUUCUUUUCCUUCACAUCCAGAGGUAAAGAACCUAAAGUCCAUUGAGUUAGCAUUCUUUCCAUCAUGUUUAUCUUCCAAAUUUAUAGCUAUGAAACAAGGUGUUAUUAAAAGCCUUAAAAUCAAAUAUCGACAUUGUCUUAUCAAGAAAUUUUUAAGCUCUGUUGAAGGCAGCAAAGAAUUUACAUUUUCCCUACUCGAUGCAGUUGAUACUUUGCACCUUUGUUGGAGGGCUGUGACCCCAGAGAUUAUUGCUAAGAGCUACGAAGAGGCAGGAUUCAGAUCUCAAAAAGGAGAAAGUGACAAGACAAAUGCAGAGACAGACACCGGUCUUGAUUUGGUUGCCCAUGCUCAGGCAGCAGGCGUGGAAUUUCCUGAAGGUUUAUCUAUAGAAGAGUAUGCUGCCCUCGACGAUGAUUUGGAGACUUGUGAAGCUGCACCAGAAGGUGAUGUGGUAUGGACCGAAGAAAGUAAAUCAGAUGAAACUGAAUUUUAUACUUCUGACGAAGAGGAUGAUGAUGGAUCUCUAGGAACUGAACUCCCUUUGCCAUCAAAAAAUGAGGCAAUAACUGCUUUAGAUACUCUUAAAAAUUUUCUUAGAAGUCAAGAUAUGAAUGAUGAGCUUCAUAAUUCUUUAGCAGACCUUGAAAUUUUUAUUAACUCAUCAUCUAAAUAAUUAUUUGUGGUACAACAUCUGAAGAGUAAUAGCUUUUCCUGAUGUAUUUUACCACAUGAGGUAUAUAAAGGGAAAAUACCACUUAAACAUUAAAAAAAAAAAAAAAGAAAUCUUUUGUUUAAUUGCAUAUGUCUUUGGCCUGAAUGGAAAAGUUCCCUAGGUAGAUUAAGUAAUGAGUAAGUAAAUGAAAAAUAAGAAUUUCAAUUUAGCAAGGUUUUGGGGAGUAGAAAAUGUAUUUCAGAGGCCUUGUACUUGAAAUAUAUGGUAUAAAUGUCAAAAAUAAAAAAACUUUCCAGCUAUUUGAUUCAUAUAGCUGAAUUGGUGAAUUGCUAUUUUUUUUUAUGUGCAGAUCAUGUUAUAGAAUAUUUUAAUUUAUCUACCUCGUCUCGGAAGUAAAAUAUCUAUUACAUAUUUAUUUUUAUAAAGACAUAUAUUCCAGCCUCGUAUCAAGUAUUAACUUUAAAUUACUUUAUUUUUCUUGUAACUAGCUUAUCUUGCUAAGAAGAAAUUAUGAAAAAGUACUGAAAAUAAAAUCUGAUCCAAUUAUACACCAAAGUGAUUAAAAAUAUAUGUCUCACUACUUUCCAGUUAUUUCUGUAGAAGGUCAAAUGAAAGACUAUUAACUUAUCAGAUGCUUUUUGUCAUCUAUAACCAGAAGAUGAUAUGGAUUCUUCCUAAAUAUCUGUAUGUAUAUGUGUGUGUUUAAUAGAAAAAUC